GCUGCCCCGUGGCCUGCCAGUACCUGCAGCGGAAAGUCCCUUCUGUUCUUGAACCAUUAGAGCUCCUUGCCCUGGGCUCUCGCCAUGAACACUAUGAAAACCACCUACAUCGUGCUGGAGCUCAUCAUCGCCGUGCUGUCCAUCGCUGGCAACGUCCUGGUGUGCUGGGCCGUGGCCAUCAACAGCACCUUGAAGAAUGCGACCAACUAUUUCCUGGUGUCUCUGGCGGUGGCCGACAUCGCCGUGGGUUUGCUGGCCAUCCCUUUCGCCAUCACCAUCAGCAUCGGCUUCCAGGUGGAUUUUCACAGCUGCCUCUUCUUCGCCUGCUUCGUGCUGGUGCUGACCCAAAGCUCCAUCUUCAGCCUGCUGGCGGUGGCCAUCGACCGGUACUUGGCCAUCAAGAUCCCCCUGAGGUACAACAGCCUGGUGACGGGCAAGCGGGCGAGAGGACUCAUCGCUGUGCUGUGGCUCCUGUCCUUUGUGAUCGGGCUGACCCCACUUAUGGGCUGGAACAAAGCCAUGAGUGGUUGUCCCAACUCCACCAACGAGACAGGGGCUGACCACGGGGCAGGGCACCACGGCUGCUUCAUCUCGUGUCUCUUUGAGAAUGUGGUGACUAUGAGCUACAUGGUAUACUUCAACUUCUUCGGCUGCGUGCUGCUUCCGCUCAUCAUCAUGCUGGGAAUCUACAUCAAGAUCUUCAUGGUGGCCUGCAAGCAGCUGCAUCAGAUCGAGCUGAUGGGCAACUCCAGGACCACACUGCAGAAGGAGGUCCAUGCAGCCAAGUCUCUGGCCAUCAUCGUGGGACUUUUUGCCUUCUGUUGGCUGCCCCUGCAUAUCUUGAACUGCAUCACUCAUUUCCACGAGGAAUUCUCCAAGUCCAAGCCAGAGUGGGUGAUGUAUGUGGCCAUCAUCCUCUCACAUGCCAACUCUGUCAUCAACCCCAUCAUCUACGCCUACAGGAUCAGGGACUUCCGCUACACCUUCCACAAGAUCAUUUCCAAGAUCCUCUGCAAGACGGACGACUUCCCCAAGUGCACCACUGACAACAACCAGCACCUGACUGUCACCAACGUGAACGCUCCGGCUGCCUCGGUGACCAUAUGAGCUCGCACGUCCCGCUCCCAGCCUGUCCCCAUUGUACCCCUCCCUGUGCCUAUGUGAACAGUUACAGCUGGCUCCUAUGGGAGUGCUCAGAAAUGACCACUAUGCAGUUACGCAGCUGUAUUUUUACGUUUGUCAUUAACAUAGUGCCUCCUAGGGGGAUAACCUGACCAGGGAGACUGAGUGCAGUUCACCCUCUACUGUUAACCAGGUUGUGUGAGCGCUGGUGACCGUGCUGUACUUCCUUGCCAGGUCAGGUGCUGACUGUGGAAGUCCCACCUGCAGGGGGUGUUUCCCCAGUUGUGCUGCUCAUGUCAAGUCCUCGGAUCCUUAUUUUAAUUAAUGUUAUUAUUUUUUAAUCUCUUCAUUGAUAGGAGUUAUAAUUUAGUGUCUGUUUUUUUUGGGUUGUUCAUACUUGACAGCACUUUGGUAAUACCCUAAUUAUUCCAUCAAUUGUUUGAUGCAGCUAGUAUUCUCUGAUGGGAAAAAGUCUUAGCCCAGUUGCUAGUGUGAAACCGGAUCUGUGUUGCAGGCUCCGAGGGACACGACUGUGCUGAUGGCAAACAGAUCACACCUGGCCAUAUUUUUGGCCUCAGAAUGAGAGCCCUACUUACUAAAACAGAACUUUAGGGAAAGGGCUGAAUGAAGUUUUAGAACAGCAGUUUUAUUGCCUUUAAGUCACUCUGUUCUAUAGUAUAUACUAACUUGUGCAGCUGAGCGCAUCAGGUUUGAUUUCUUGUUAUUGAAAUGCAGAAGGCAGAUGUGCCCCAGCAGCCGUGGCUGGUCUGCUCUGAAGCUACCGAGGGAUAUGGAAACACUCCCUUGGUGCCAGGACCUUUUUUAUUUCCUUCCAAGUCAGUCCAAGUGCUCACCUUGCCCAGAGGCCAGUUUGCUGGAAGUGAUGGAUUCAGUUCCUGUAUAGCAGCUGAACCAUCAAAGCCAGCCACAAAGCUUGGUGAAGCACCAGUGAGCUCUGACGGGGUCUGUGCAAUGCCCACACUUGGCUCGGUAUCUUGGCAUUUCCAAGAUGAAUCUAAACAGUUAAAGCUAGUCUGAAGGAUUUCUCUUUUAGUAUCUCCAUUCAGCUUUGCUGCAUCUGCCUUGGUCAUGGUCCAGCUAACACAUGUAGCCACCUCCUGCCAUUUAGGCAGGCUUUGGCUCUCCCUUUAGUCCUUCCCCUCACUAUUAUCUUUGGCUGUGUUCCUUCCGUUAAUCAUGGCUAGAAACAAGUAGAGUUUCACCUGCAGGUCUGGCAGUGUUGCAAAGUGGUUGCAAGCCACGUUUAUCCUUACAACAAAAAAUGCAAUCCCUCCCCUCAUGCAGACUGAAAAUGAACCAAACUCUGAACAGCACAGAGCAGAGACAGAGCCAGUCUCAGGACACUGCCUGCGUGUGAUGGCACUGCAGAGUGGCACUCACUACUGCUACCUUUCAUAUGCCACUUAUGAGCCAGAAGUCCACAGACAUACAGGUUGUUCCCUUUGUAUGAACGUGCUACCGAGUUAUUAGCCAUUGUAAACUAUGGCCUGGGUCACCAUGGCAUUUAGGCACACAAAGUGACUUCAUGGAUCUGAGCCAAAGUCAUUUUAAGGAAAGAUAAAAACAGGACACCCUCUCACCCCUCCUCAAAAAAAGCUCUGAACAUUACUAUAAAAAUGUGAAGUAAAAAUGGCAGAGGAACUUUCUGUAGAGUGUAGCUGUAGACCCUCAGCUAUCACUCCUUACUGCUCUGAUGUACAUAGGAUGGAUGUGUUUUCCUCACAUUGCUCAGAUUUUGUAUUUGCCAUAACUUUGUUAUUUACAUACAAAAUGCUUAAUUUACCACCUACACAACCU